UCCGGCAGAGGAGCGACCAGCCAGCCAGCCAGUCAGUCAGUCAGUCCGUGAAGAGAACCCACAGACCAGACUUUUUCUAGACAGCAGCACAGCACCGGACUGGACUUGUCUGUGACUACAAAAACCCCUCAACAGACGAGCCGGUAAUGUGGUAGUCCUGGUCUGGGAGGAGACCACUGAGUGAGCCGCAGGUCCGUGAAGGGGACACACCGGAGCUCCGAGCUGUCAUUUUGAACUUCUCCACCCGGCUCACAGACUCUCUUCCCCCGGCUAGCUUCUAAGGCUUCUCGGCGUCCUUCCACCCCCUGGAGGAAACCCCACCUGUCCGGGCUGUCAUCCCCCCAGCAUCAUCUGAACACCUCCAGACAAUGUCCUGCUCCUUCCUGAGUGACUUUUUACCCCCCUCACGUGGGUUUAAAACACACUUUUUGGUGUGAAUUCCAGUGAUAGCUUACCAAGCUAACAAGUUGACGUGGAGGAAGGAAGGAAGACAGGAAGAAGGGGGAUUCUGAAGCUGUGAUUUCACACGGAUUACUCCUUUUUGUUGCCUAAUCUGAGGGUGGAAAUAACAACAAAACAAAAACCGUCCAGGUGACACAGGAACCAGCCAGUUAGCUAUGUUUAUUUGUAACCAGGAAGUCAUUUCCAGUGUUUACAACUUCCAAAGUGGGACUCUUUCCUGGUUUGAGUGCUGCACAGGGAACAUUAGCUAACACAGACUAGUGUUUUUUGUUUACUACAUAGUUAGAUUUAAAGUGUUGCCAAACAAAACAAAUCAAAUCUUGCUCUUUGGUUCACCUCUGCACAGGUUUGUCCACACACCUGGAGGAUUUAAAGGCUCCCCUUCACAGUGCAGUCACCUUUAUCUCAUUGGUAUUCCUCUAUUUCAGCUGAUUAAGGUAAAAAACUGAGAGAAUUAAAAGCAGAGAUGUCAGGCCAGUCUAUCACGGAUCGGAUCGCAGCAGCCCAGCACAGCAUGACUGGGUCUGCCAUCAGCAAGGCUGUGUGCAAAGCCACCACACAUGAAGUGAGCGGACCCAAGAAGAAACACCUUGACUAUCUGAUCCACUGCACCAACGAGAUGAACGUGAACAUUCCCCAGCUGGCUGACACGCUGUUCGAGCGCACGGCCAACUCCAGCUGGGUGGUGGUCUUCAAAGCCCUGAUCACCACUCACCACCUCAUGAUGUAUGGAAAUGAGCGUUUCAUCCAGUACCUGGCCUCGAGAAACACUCUGUUCAACCUGAACAACUUCCUGGAUAAGGGAGCUCUGCAAGGUUACGACAUGUCAACCUUCAUCAGAAGAUACAGCCGUUACCUGAACGAGAAGGCCAUGUCCUACAGACUGGUGGCCGUGGAUUUCACCAAGAUGAAGAGAGGGAUUGACGGGGUGAUGCGCACCAUGAGCACAGAGAAGCUGAUUAAGACGCUGCCCAUCAUUCAGAACCAGCUGGAUGCUCUGCUGGAUUUCCAGGCUAACCCUAACGAGCUGACCAACGGAGUGAUCAACUCAGCCUUCAUGCUGCUCUUCAAAGACUCCAUCAGGCUGUUUGCUGCUUACAAUGAAGGGGUCAUCAACCUACUGGAGAAAUACUUUGACAUGAAGAAGAAUCAGUGCAAAGACGCUCUGGACAUCUACAAGAAAUUUCUUUACAGGAUGACCAAGCUGUCGGAGUUCCUCAAAGUGGCUGAGCAAGUUGGAAUAGAUCAGGGUGACAUCCCAGAUCUCUCACAGGCCCCCAGCAGCCUCCUGGAGGCAUUGGAGCAACAUUUGGCCUCUCUGGAGGGCAAAAAAACCAAGGAGUUAAAUGCAGACACCAGAGCGUCCACCCUGUCCAGCGCCGUCUCCUCUCUCUCCUCCACCGGCAUGUCCUUCAGCCGCAUGGACGAGAAGGAGAAGCAGCAGGCCCUGGAGGAAGAACAGGCCAGACUGCAGGCUCUUAAGGACCAGCGGCUGAAAGAGAUAAACAUGCACACCCCGCCCUCCGCCUCCCCGAGCAGCCAGUCGAUAGGCAGCGCCAACAACAACCACAUCGCGCCCACACCAGAGCUGUUCGCCUCCACGAUGUCCACCAACAGCGUGCCCAAUCUGAACAGUGACCUGUUUGAUCUUCAGCCGGCCUUCAUCCCCGCUGUGCAGAGCACUCCUUCAAUCUCCACCGCCAACAGUGCCUGGGGAGGAUUGGAGAGCCAGCCUCUGCAGCAGACCACCCCGGCCAUGACCGUAGAUUUCGAUGCCGUGUUUGGAAAUAAGACAACGCCAAGUAACAACGGCACAGAACCUGCAGCCGGUUUCGAUGCUCUCGGUGACUUGUUGAAGCCUACAAUUCACGCACACUCUCAACCUCCUCCUCAUCAUCAUCACCACCAUCAUCAUCACCAAAUGGCCAUUCAUCACCAUGGAGGAAAGCUGCUAGCCACUGACCUCGACUCCUCUCUGGCCAACCUCGUGGGCAAUCUGCAGUUCGGUGGGACCCCAGCCAAGAAGCCAGAUAUGCAGUGGAACCAGCCUGGGGAGAAGAAGCUGACAGGGGGCCAGAACUGGCAGAAUAAGACCAUGUCGACCACACAGUGGGGCCCUGCGCCCAUGGCCCCACAGCCCAUGCCUGUACAACAUGUGGCUCCAGCUCCCAUGGCUUUUCCCAUGACCACACCGCAAGUGCCUGUGUAUGGAAUGGUCCCUCCCCAGAUGGGUCAGAUGGGCGGGGUACCAGUGAUGGCUCCACAGCCAAUGAUGUACAACCAGCCUGUCCUCAGACCCACCAACCCCUUCGCACCCAUGCCCGGAGCCCAGAUGCAGUUUAUGUAAUCCAGUCAGGGGUGAAGCAGAGUGCCAAAAGCGACAAACAAACAAAAAGGCAGAAGAUAACACACAAAGAGGAAGGAUCAGAUGGACGGAGGAUUGAUUUGAUGAAGCUAAAACGACUAAGAGACUGACAAAGUAACCAACCAACACCAAAAACAGAGGGAAGAGGAGGAGAAGAAGACCGAAAAAAGAGGGAUGGAGGGUGGCGAAGAUGUCAUUCUGGCUGGUUGUCUGAAACAACUUCUUGCAUAUUUGUGUGUGCUGCUGCUUUCUGUUAAAGUGUCCGAUUUUGUGUUUUAAGUUCUAUGGAUGGAGUGACGUUUCAGCAGAGUGAUUACCGAUGAGAGAGAAAGAAAGGCAGGACAGAAAGAAGAGGAGGCGAUUCAGACGAUCCCUCCUCCGGUUUCGCUUGUUGAGAGUCUUUGCUGCAGUUUUAGCUUUAUUUCAAACUGGUGCUAUUUUGUCCCCUUUGGGUUACCGUCCGCCUGCGAACGCAGCGGCAGCUCAGUAGCGCUAACGAGGGGACAAGUGUUUGUUAAAUGUGUGUAAGAGUGUGAGUGUACUGUAAAAAAAGAAAAGAAAAAAAAGAAUGCACAGCAGUUGUUCCAGACAACACCUGAACACACACCUCCUCUCCAUCCCCUUUCAUUCGCCAUCUGCGUCCAUGAUUGUCCAAUCAGCGAGAGAUUUUCCAGGCGAAUCUUCUCGAGUGUGUUUUUUGUGGUUUUUCGCUCUUUUUGGAUAUCUUUGUAUUUUUCGAUCUGAUUUCUUCUGCAGCCUCUCCUGAAUGUUAUCGGGGCUUGUACAGCGAUUUGUUAAACCAUUUGUUCAUAGUAGUCAAUGUUUGUUGUUAGGGUUUAAAGUUUAAAGUCUUUGUUGCCCA